AUGGACGAGUUUGAAGAACGCGGCCCCCGCCGCGCCCAUGGCGGUCCAUACACAUCCAAACACCCAGUCCCGACCAUUAGAGGAUACCGUGAACACCGUGCUGAGAUCAGGCAGCGCCAGGAGCAGGCCGCUGCCAACGAAAUCGAGGCCAUUCCCACAGGUGACAACAAUCCAGAUGACCCAGACGACAACACGACCCAUCCAGCCGCCGGUGGCAUCGACUCAGUAAACGGCAAUACUGAUUUAAAGUCCAAAGGCAAGCGAGCCUAUCAAUCCAUCAAAACCAUCGCCAAAGACGAGGAUCAAAAUAGUGACAAGCAAACGCCCUACCGGUCAGUCAAUCGACACACCAUCCCACAAGACGAAAGAGAGGCACUCAAACAGCAAUCAGAUGCCGAUGAAACUUCCGGCCAAGAGACAGCAACUGACGGGGAUGACGAGCUGGAAACUGAUCCAAAGGAAAAGUCCGCAACAGAAACCGCGGCUGCGACUAUCUCACCGAAAGAAAAGCGCAAAGCGAUGAAGAAGGCACACAAGGGGAAGAAGCGAAGAAAGGGAAGAAAGGUUACCGAUCCGGUGACGCAUUUACCGGUGGUGAUCCACGACAUGACGGAUGGGGAUUUGAAAGCCGUGGGGUCGGACUCAGGGGUGUCGGGGUUAUCAAGUGAUGAUGAGGGUGGAGAUGAGGAGCUGAUGCAGGGAUUGUUCCCGCCGCCGGACUUGAAGCACACGAAGAAGGAGUUGGGUAGGGUAUACAGGAAGGCGGUAAGUGUCUACGGCAUCGCCAUUGGGGUGAUUCUCGGGUUGGUGGUGUUAGGCCUAGGGUGGGGAGCGGUCCUUGAACAACGACAGAACUGGACACAGUCCACUUUCAUCACAGCAACCGCCGUCAUUGCAGUCACAGCUCUUGCUACCAUCGGACUCGCGCAAGGUCUCUCAUUCUGGAUCUCGAAGAAAGUCGACCAAAUUUUAGAAGAUCAAGUUUGGGACGCGGAUCGAGAACAAGAGAUGUCGCUAAACAACAGAUCAUCCGACAAUCUACCCGAGUCUGUUGCCUGGCUCAACUCGCUGCUCGGUUCCAUUUGGCCACUCAUCAACCCCGACCUAUUUGCCUCCCUGAUCGAUACACUGGAAGAUGUCAUGCAAGCCUCCCUCCCCAAAGUCAUCAGGAUGGUGAGUGUGGAUGACAUCGGUCAAGGCAGCGAAGGUGUGCGCAUCUUGGGUGUCAAAUGGCUGCCCACGGCCAAAGCAGCCGAGUCAGUGAGCCAUGACGAUGGGGAUGGAGAAGAAGAAAUGGAGGCCGAGGAAGGUGAUUUUGUCAACUUGGAACUGGCACUUGCAUACCGGGCGCAGAAGUCGGGGAAGACGAUCAAGUCCAAGGCGAAAAAUGCCCACCUGUACCUCAAAUUCUACCUGCCUGGUGGGCUGGCUGUGCCUGUUUGGGUGGAACUGAAGGGGUUGGUGGGUGUGAUGAGGUUCAGGCUGCAGCUUACCCCUGAUCCGCCAUUCUUUGAGCUCUGCACUCUCACCUUCUUGGGGCAACCCAGGGCGGACAUCUCUUGUGUACCGCUGUCGAAGCACAAUCUCAACCUCAUGAACGUGCCCUUUAUCUCGGGAUUCGUGCAGUCGGCUAUGGAUGCAGCAUUGGCGGAAUACGUUGCUCCCAAGUCACUGACGCUGAACCUCAAAGACAUGCUUGUCGGGGACGACUUCAAGAAGGACACCGUCUCCAGGGGCGUCGUGGCGGUGCAUAUCGAUCGGGCCAGGGGGUUCAAGGAGGGUGAUAGUGGCUUGGGUUUUAUCAAGCCCGGCUCCAGCGAUUCGUAUGUCUCGGUUUCUUGGGGAAAGUUUGGGAAGCCGGUUGGUUCGACGCGAAUCAUCAAGAGCGACCAAUCGCCAAACUGGAACGAGUGGAUAUUUGUGCUGGUGUCGCCAGAUGAGAUCAACGCGGAGGAAACACUCAGGAUUCAGCUCUGGGACUCGGACAAGCAUACCGCCGAUGACGAUUUGGGAAAGCUGGAAGUGACUCUGAAGGAGUUGAUGCACGGCCAAGACACGAGAAAUAAGAUGUGUGAGAGGGAGGAUGACCUGCACGCGGACGAUCCUGACGAGAAGCUGCCGGGGCAGUUGAAGUGGUCGGUGGGGUACUUUUCCAAGGCACAUAUCCAACAGUGCCAACUUGACCGACAAACCGUCGACCCAUCGAUUCGGACUGUUGAGGAUCUGAAGAAGAAAACCAAGGAGCAGACAAAGCACAAGCUGAGAGAGGCGCUCGACGCCGGCUCAGAAGAAGAAACGGACGAACUAGCCCAGCAAGAGGUACAGGAUCUGAAAGAGAUGGAGGAUAUGAUGAUCAUCUCUGCUCCUCCCCCACAAGGAUAUCCGAGCGGAAUCUUGGGUAUCCAGAUUCACAACAUCAUGGGGCUGGAGGUGGCCAAGCUCAACCGCGACCGUUCGGCCGAUUCAAAUUCGGGCGGAAACCAGAUUGAGGAAGAAGGGGAGGCUGGGGACGGGGAUGCACCCGACGGCUACUGCACCAUCAUCCUCAACCAUGUCCAGGUGUACAAGACCAGAACGAAGCCUAAAAAUGCGCAUCCCUUCUUCAACGCCGGAACGGAGCGGUUUAUCAGGGACUGGAAGACUGCCGAGGUCAUGAUCUCUGUCAGAGAUAGCCGAGAAGGGGAGAGCGAUCCUCUUUUGGGAGUGGUGUACCUGCCAUUGCGAAAGGUCUUUGCCGACAGGAGCCAAGUCAUGGGAACAUGGCCUCUUGCGGGUGGGAUCGGCUAUGGCCGUGUCAGGGUCAGCAUGGUCUGGAGGAGCGUGAAGCUGAACAUGGUCAAGGAAAUUGGGACCGGAUGGGAGUAUGGGACUCUGGAGGUCAAAGCACCCAUCAAGCCUGCGGGUGGUCUGGAUCAGGAGCUCAUGAAGAAGUGGAACAAAAUAAAGAUCAAGACCAAGAUUGGAAACGAAAAGAUGCACUUCUCUUCAGAAAUUGACGCGUGGAGACCCAAGAGACAGAGCAAGGAGAAUGUCUUUGUCGGCGUUUCGAACCGAUAUGCAACUUCGUUAGUGCUUGAGUUCAAGGAUACGAGCAAGGUUAUGGGAGAGGAUGCCGUUGCCUUGGCUGUCUUGUGGCUGGGAGACAUCCCCGAUGAGGAGGAGACGACUGUCAGGCUCAAAGUCUGGAAGGGCGGUAAAAAGCAGCUGAAGCGGGCAAAGGGGUGUGCCGAUUAUGAAGGACUGGAGGAUGGCGAAGAGCCUUUCGGUGAAGUGGAGCUGACGGUCAGGUUGUGGAGAGGACUGAGCGGUUAUCACAAGCAUAUUGGAGGAAAGUCGAGCAACAAAUCAUCAUGUAUCAGGAGCGUACUGGAAGUCUUGGACACAGUGAAUGACGAGAAGAUGAUUGACUAUUAUAAUGACUCAGAGUCAGGGUCUGAUUCCUCCUCAGACUCAGAGUCAUCUUCCAGCUCAGAUUCGGACUUUGGGGAAGACGGCGGUCAGGGUGCACCACGAAAGGGAGAUCCAAAUGAGGAAGCUGAGAAGCGAAAGAUGCUUCGCAAGGCGGGCCAGGAUAGUACGACUGAGUACUCUUCAGAAGAAGACGGACAGUCGGGGAAUGGAAACCCCAUCAAGCCUGUCAAGAGGGCAAAAACAAAGAUCAAGAAGCGAGCGUCAUCGUUGGUGGAUGGAAAGGACGGCAGCGAUGAUGAUGGGAAACGGGGGCCGAUUUCUCAGCUGCAGGACUACAAGAGGCAUCACAAGCAGCUUCACCGCAAGCACAGAGGUGUCAUGCAGUGGAAGGCCGCUAGGUCGGUGGGUUGGAUGGCGGACAAGGUGAAGGAUGGGAAGAGCAAAGUUCAGGGGCUCGUGCAUCAUAGUGAUAAGGAGCAGGGGAUUGAGACCGAGGUGUAG